AUGAAUAAAUACAAGCAUUUAUCUGGAUUUGCUAAACGAAAACAGAAACUAGAAGAAGAACAUAAGAAGAAAAAAUUGCCGAAGCUUACCAGUUUCUUUUCUAAAACCAAUAAUCCACCUUUACAAGAACCAAUACAAAGCAUUAGUCAUAUCAGUCAAACAGAUAUUCUGAGCAAUAUAAAUAAUGAUUUAACAACCGAAAGUAAUAAGGAACAUGCAAUACUAAUGGAAACUGAUCAACAAAAUAAAACUCACUCUCAAGAACAAAAUCAAGUGUCAAUUCAAAUACACAAUUUAGAGAGAACAGACAAGAUCAAUUUCAAGGAAGUUCUGACAGAUAACGAUAAAAAAUAUAUAGUCAAAUAUGGUCCGUGUCAACCACUUGGAAUAUUUCCAAAAAAUGCAGAAGGGCGAAGUUUUAAUUCUUCGUAUUAUAUACAAAAGUCUAAAUCCGGAAUUACCUAUAGAAGAAAUUGGCUAUGCUAUUCAAUUGGAUUAAAUAUGGCAUAUUGUGAGCCCUGUUGGAUUUUUGGAAAAAGAGAAAUUCAUAACAUCAAAGAUGCUUGGAUAAACGGAUACAAUGAUUGGCGUCAUAUUUCCCAAAGUAUUUCGCGACACGAAUCUUCAAAUAAUCAUGUAGUUGCCUGUCAAAUAUAUAAGAAGUGGAAACUUGAUAAGAAUAUUGAUAUGGAUUUAGAUAAAGAAUUAAAAUUUAAAAUGACGUACUGGGAAAACGUUUUACAUAGAAUAAUCAAUGUUACUUUAACUUUAGCACAAAAUAAUUUAGCAUUUAGAGGUCAUAAAGAAUCCUUUGAUGUACAAUCUGGAAAUUCAGGAAAUUUUUUAAAUAUUAUUAAACUACUUUCUAUAUAUGAUCCUAUUUUAAAGGAGUUGUUGUCAAAAGAUAAAGGCACCGUGAAAUAUUUAAGUCCUGUAAUACAAAAUGAACUGAUAGACAUCUUAGCCAAAGAAGUAAAGACUGAAUUAGUUAAUAAAAUUAAUAAAUCUCCAUUUUUGUCUAUUAUAAUAGAUACUACACAAGAUAUUUCUAAAAUUGAUCAAAUCAGUUUUACAAUUCGUUUCGUAGAGCUUAUUACAGAUGAUAACGAUGCUAAAACAAGUGAUCUCAUGAUAAGAGAAUUUUUCUUAGGAUUCAAGGAAGCUGAUGGACAAACUGCAGAAGAUUUGGAAGCACAAUUAUUAAAUUAUUUUGAGGAUAAUACAUUAGACAUAAUGAAAUUGCGUGCUCAAGGAUAUGACGGAGCUGCUAAUAUGAGUGGUAUUUAUAAUGGCUUACAGGCAAAAAUCUUGCGAAGACAACUAAAUGCAGUUUAUGUUCAUUGCGCUGCUCAUAACUUGAAUUUGGUGAUUAAUGAUGCAGUAAAAUCUUCAAAAGAUAUAAGAAACUUUUAUGAUUUAUUAGAAAGCGUUUAUGUUUAUUUUGGGCACAGCAUUAGUAGAUGGGCAACUAUUAUUUCAAUGUUUGAGAAUAAAAAGCAUUCACUAAAACGAUUAUGUCCCACAAGGUGGUCAUCCCGUUAUGAUACUUUGCAUAGUUUACGAUUUCAUUAUGCCGAAAUCUUGCGGGCGUUAACCAAAAUAUCGCUUACAAGUAAAAAAACAAUGGAGCAAAACGAAGCUCAAGAACUGAAAAAAAAAUUAGAAAAAUUUGAGACUGUUAUUUUAGUAGUUUUAGAGUCAAAAAUUUUAAGUAUUACCAAUAUUGUUUCUAAUGCCUUACAAAACAAAAAUAUAGACAUUGGAAGAGCUUCCACACUUUUAAAAUCUGCUUACGAACAAAUGAUAUUUCUCCGCAAUAAUUUUAAUAUAAUAAUUGAUGACGCGACUCUUUUAGCAAAUACGUGGGGUAUAAAUCCUACUUUUGAAAAGAAAAGGAUAAGUAAAGUAAAAAAGCAAUUUGAUGAGUUGUCCCACGAUGAAAGACUGGCAAACCCAGAAAGCAAUUUUAAAACUACUGUUUUUUAUUCAACAAUAGAUGUAAUAAUUGCUCAACUAAAACGCAGAUUCGAAGGACUGAAUAAUAUAGUGGAAAAUUUUAAACCAAUUUUUCCAUCUACUUUAGAAAAUUAUUCUGAUGAUGAAUUGGUAAAAUUUCCAAAAGAGGUGAGCAUUCGGGCACAGUGGUUACAUGCCUGCAAAUUAUCUGACAAGGACAAUGUGAUACAUAUACACAUUUGCUCCGAUCACUUUGUACCAAGUGAUUAUAAAAAUAGCAUAGGACUGUGUAGCAGAAAGUGGUUAUUGAAACCAGGAGCAGUGCCUUCCGUUAAUGUGCCAAAUCCUCCAGCUGCCGAAUUGCAGUUCCAGUCAUCUGAGAUUAUAAUGGACGAGACACGUAAGAUUGAAAACAUACAAAUUUUUUUUAUUGAGGGUAGUAAAUACUGA